UAUAAGACGCUCAAACAAAAUGCAGGGCUUAAUUCCAAAAUGGUCAAACAUUCGCGUGCUUCCCUUCCGUAUGACUACCUCGCAAAAGGUUGUUUUCUUCUCGCUAACGGCGGGCGUAGCCUUACUUGGUGUGCUCGCACGCUUUCUACGGCGUAGAAAACCACCGCGUCCGCCUCGUCGUACGCGCAAAUAUACCGGACGACGCACACGAAACAGUAUGCGCAGCCCUAACGAUAUGAUAUCUAUAGCCGGUUCCAAGGCAUCUGCACGUUCCGGCAGUCCACCCGGUUCAACGGUCGCCUAUUCGGACCGUAUGUCACUUGCGUCUGGAUCCAUAGGUGCUGGAGCACUAGUAUCUACUACGCAAAGCCAGACAGGUGCCAUAGUUGUACACUUAACCGCACAACAAUUAGGUGUAAUGGGCAUGGAGGCUUUGGAUACAGUUAUAAAUUAUUGGGAAGAUGCUUUAGCUGCGCAUAAUUCACCCGGUGGCGUGCCGGCAUUACUUACCACUGCUGAAGAGUCUGAAUUUUGUCGUGAAAUACAAAAUUUACUUGACAUGGCCUACACGUUGCAGGAACAAAGUGAAUUGCUGUUCUUAGAUCAGCGUUCCGUGCUAUUUCGGGACGAACCGUCUAUAGAUGAGCUGGAAGAAGAUGGUCAUGCGCUAGAUGAUGGCAUAGAGGACGACAAACGUUCGCACAGAUCGAUUAUGAGCCGCACCGGUUCCGAUCCAAAUUUCGAUUCGGCUGAAAGUUUUGCUUCGGCUUUAGACCAAGUAGCCGAUAUGCGCGAUUUUGAGGAAUUUGUAGACACAUCGUAUGAUCAAUAUCCAUUAUACAAUGCAGCGUUGAAACAUCAUGACGAAACGCCUAUACCUUACCGCACUAUACGCGCUGAUCUGGUGAACUGUUCCAGUGACACGGAAUAUUUGGUGAAGUUGCACUGCGUGCGUUUAGCAUUUCAAUACUUGUUCAAGGAUCCAGCAAUUGGUCAAUGGGUCUGCGACACAGGACGUCAAAUACUUACCGACCUACUUUGCCUGGGCGAUAAGGACACUAAGGAAUUUCUCGUUGGUUACGAGGAUAUGGUGAACUAUUUGCAAAAUCCGAGUAAUUGGGAUGAGAUACAAAAAGAACUGGAGGCGCGCAACGUCAAAGCGAUGACUUUUUACGACAUUUGCCUGGACUUCAUUGUAUUGGACUCGUUUAGAGAUCUAGAUGCGCCACCCGCCAGUGUAACGGCGGUCGUACAAAAUCGUUUUCUCUCCAAUGGAUUCAAAGAAAUGGCACUCAGCACAGCAGUUUGGUCGGUGCUAAAGGCCAAAAAACAUGGACUCAAAUAUACUAACGGAUUUAUGGCUCACUUUUAUGUUAUCUCCGAGCAAUUAUCACCACUCAUGGCCUGGGGUUUCUUCGGACCCGAUGAAAAUUUGCGCGACAUUUGCCAUUACUUCCGCGAUCAAAUGCUGGGCUUUCUAGCGGAUAUAUUUAGCUUUCAAGCCAGCCGCUAUACAACUGUCGAAGAGUUUGCCGAAGAUAUACUGCAACACAUGAAGACGCGUGUCAAUAAUAUUGGUGUGAAGUUUAGUCAAUAGUUGCAUAACAAAAGUUAAAAAUUGACGAUUUACAAAAUAAAUUUAGGAAAACUAAAUCAAAUAGAUUUGAAAGGAUUUAGAAGUAAUUUCAAA